ACGUUCAACCAAGCCAGCGCUAUACUGAAGUCAUUGAUCAACUGCGACGACAUCGAUUCUCGUUGAGUUCAGUCUUUCAUCGAGAAAGCUGUCAGGGCGAAAGAUGAAUAUUCCUGCCUACGCCGUACCUGCUCUGAGCAUUGGUAGCACAUUUGAUUGCAACACGUCAAGAAAUGGCAUCGACCUUUUCCCAUCCGACAUUCCAACCAAGACUGAAAAUGUCAACAUGUUUUCCUUCCGAUACAACGUCGUUACCAAAAAUGACGAUGUCAGAGAGUUGUUGGGUUUACCGUUUGAUCUGCCUUUACGGAUCAAGGCGAGCCAUCUGUCUGUAGAAGGACCUGGAAAGUACUUUAACAACAUCGAAACUGACGAAGGAAAAACUGAAAUACUGGCUGUUAUGAAAUGCACCACGGUGUCCAAGAAAAUAGAGGACUCAGCAAGGCCUAAUGAGAUCUUGAAAAGAGACAAUGUGGUUGAUGGACUUGGCACACAUUAUGUCAGACGAGUUUCGUACGGCGGUGAGAUGAUAGCUAGUAUCAAGCUCGAUUUUCCACCAUCUUUAGUAAGGCCACGGACAAGUGGAAACGUGCAGGGAGAAUUGACUUCUCAAGUCGUUGCUGAAGAAUUAGCCAGACAGUUGAAAAUUAUAUCAACUAAUUGCCAAGGUGCAUCCAAUAUAUCCAUUUCUUAUCACACAACAGAAGUGCCUCACCAACGUUCAACGCCGAGCAGUCUUCCGGACCUGAUGAAAUUGUAUGAAAGCUUCAGUUCACAGACAAUCAAUAGUCGAAAAGAAAUUCCCAUUGAGGUUGAACUUCAACCAACUGAGACAGUGAUACCAUCAGUGAAAGCUUACUUACCAAACAGGGCUUUGGCAAACGCACUAGAGGAAGUAGAAAACCGGUUUGACGAUCUUCGCGCUGCUCAGUACUUGGUAAAGAAGCAUCAAGAAACUGACGAAGCACUUCGCGAGGACAUGAAACGUUUCAGUCAUGAGGUGGAUAAAGUGUUGCAAAUAUACAUGGAUACCAUGUCAACUUUAAACUUGAGUGGAGGGGAAAGCCAGUUGGAUGGUUGCUUGACCGCCUAUGAAAAUGCCUUAGACGGGUACGACGAAGAAGGAAAGUUCGUUCAUUUCUGGAGGAGAUUACUCCAGAAGGAGAAGGUUUCAGCCUCUAGUAUUCAGCUUCCACAAGGAAAAGAUCUUAGCAUUGUAUUGAUUGGAAGACCUGGAAGUGGAAAAAGUGCGACCGCAAACAGCAUAGUUGGAAAGUACAUUUUCACCACGACGGCAUGGGCAACGUCUGAAACAUCGUCAGAAUAUCAGUUUGGGUCCCGAAUAGAAGAGCGAACAAUUAACGUCCUAGACACUCCUGGAAUCCUCAACGGAGAGUUUGAUAAAGAGAUCCCCAGGAUUCUUCAACAUGCACCCAAAGGAUUCGACGCCAUCAUCCUUGUAGCGAGGUACGGCUGCAGGCUCACUAAUCUGGAUGCAGAGGCUGUGCAACUGCUUCAGGAAUUUUUAGGGGACGAAGUUAAAAGGCACAUCAUCCUGGUUCUCACUUACGCUGACCAAGCUGAGCAUGAAACUAAAGAGGAUAGAGUCGACGAAGAUAGAGAACUCGUGUCCCUUGAUGCAUACCAACAACUGUGGCUAGGAACUCUGCCACAAUGGGCUCAAACGUUUAUCCAGCAGAUAGAUGAGAGGGUGUUGUUCUUCAACAACCGCUUGAGACCGGAUAGUCAGCCUGAUGCCUACAAAACACAGCUAUCCAAGUUAAUCGAGACGAUAGAUGCUGUUACCAAAACGACUCCUCCCUACCUGGAGACAGAGGAAUCGAGACAAGACUUUACAAGGAAGAUAAGGGAAGUUACAAGAAAGCCAACUCAAAGAAAGAGGAAGGAUCGAAAAGAUGAGUGGCAGAUUGUAGACCAACCAGUUGCUGUGCCUGUGGAGGAAGCACGUGACGUAGUGGCCACAGACGACCAAGGUUCUUUGCGCCAGAGGGUCUGGGAAAUUUUGGAUAUGUACUGUAUUAUUUUGUAGUGACAAUGCACUUUGUAAUAUCUACCGCAUUACCGGGUUUGUGAAGAAUAACCUAACAGAAAUGGAUCUGUACAAACGCACUUCACAUUUCUUUAGCAAACGACAAAUAGAGGAUAUUACACGGCCGUGCGAAGAUACAAAAUUUCUGUUCGAGUAAGCGCAGUGAGCAAGAAGGAAAAUUUUGUAUCUCCAAGCGGACAUGUAAUUUUCUGUUUAUUAUCACCUACAAAGUACCAGACCAUAUUAAUUAACUAUUUAUGAAUUUUUGUCCCAAAGUAGAAAAAUAUGUCACAACUGAAAAAAAAAAAUUACAAGCUCCUGUCCAUUACAAUGUAAUAAUUAGGAGCUAGCCUAUAAAAAUGGCUCACAGAGUUUUAGCCGGAUUUCGGAAAAAAGCCAACGAAAGCAAUACAGCGAAAAAAACAAAAGCCAGCAAACACAGUAACAUGUUAACUUCGCGUGAACAUGUGAUUGUUACGAGUGAAGAUGUCAUGCUUUCGCUCGAAAGCUCACCUAGUAGUUCUGGUAGUUCUGGUAGUUCUUGUCCUGGUAUAAUAAACAGAGUUUAUUCCAUAAAUUUUGCCCGUAUAUGUCUCUGCGCGUAUAGAAUAGCUGAAGUUUUUACGAGUUGUAUACUAUUUUGCGAGCGAUAUGGCCAGU